UGGAGUCUGGACGGGCUUGUUACAUAAGAAGGGAGAUCGGCUUGGAAGGGGGGUGAAAGAGGCUGGGUCUGGGGGUCUGCCUGCAGGUAUAUGAGAGCAAAUUGCACGAUCAGAGGGGAAUUAUGUAAUUGCGCCGAAGCAACAGAGCCAGACAGCUCCGAUUGAAAGUGAUUGACAGCACCCGACUAAACAGUAUAAAAGAAGCAGAGACUACAUCCCUCGAGCCACUAACCCCGGAGUCUUCACGCGUGUGGACAUAGUGGACUUAACAGCUGUACUGUAUACCACCUGAUUUCAACUGAAAGUGCUUCAUAAAAAGAUAUUUCUUCAUUUUUCAUACUUACAUCCCUCAUCACUGGACUAUUAAAGACAUUUUUAACAUUUCCAAGGAUUGCACUUUGAUCAGGAGUAAUGAUUCUCAGGAGAAGGCUGUUGUGGCUGCCUGUAUUAUUUAUUAUUUGUGCUUCAUCAAAAGCUCAAGAUGAUGAGGUGGAAGACAACAGCGUUUUUGACUUGUUUGAGAUAAGCAAGAUUACCCGAAAGACUCUGGGUGCCAAGCAGUUCCGAGGUCAAGAUCCCAACUCCCCUGCGUAUCGUUUCAUUCGUUUCGAUCACUUACCUCACGUCAACCCGGCUGUCCUGCGGCAGAUCUUGCAGCAGAUGCAGAACAAUGAGGGCUUUGUGUUUCUGGCCACCAUACGACAGGACAGGGGCUCCCGGGGCACCCUGCUGGCCCUAGAGGGGCCUGGCUCCACACAGCGGCAGUUUGAGAUCGUCUCCAACGGCAAGGCAGACACACUGGACCUGGUGUACUGGGUGGACGGCUCGCAGAACGUGGUCUCCUUUGAGGAUGUUGAGCUCUCGGACUCGCAGUGGAAGAACAUCACGUUGCACGUGCAUGGAGAGAACGCCAAUCUCUACAUCGGCUGUACUCUCUUUGACUCCUUCAUUCUGGACGAGCCCUUCUACGAGCACCUGCGUGCUGAUGGCAGCAGGAUGUAUGUCGCCAAAGGAAGCAUUCGGGAAAAUCACUUCAGGGGUUUGCUGCAGAACGUGAGGUUUAUCUUUGAUACCUCAGUGGAGGACAUCCUACGUAACAAAGGCUGUGAGAUCAGCAAGCCAGAGGAAGUCAAUGCUGUGAGUGAGAGCACAGAGAUUGUUGACGUCAGCCCUGCUAUCACGACUAACUUCAUCGGCCAGAAGACGGACCAGGCAGCAGAUUUCUGUGACCGCUCAUGCGAGGAGUUCAGCACCAUGUUCCAGGAGCUGAAAGGGCUGCGUGUUGUAGUUAGCAACCUGAUUGAUGGCCUGCAGAAAGUGACUGAAGAAAAUGGCAUUAUGCGGAACAUCCUAGACAAAAUGGAGAACCCCUCAGAGCAGGACAUGUGCUGGCAGGAUGGACGCCUCUUUGAGGACAAGGAAGACUGGAUUGUGGACAGCUGCACCAAGUGUACCUGCAAGGAAUCCAAAGUUGUGUGCAACCAGAUCACCUGCCCAGCAGUCUCCUGUGCUAGUCCAUCGUUCAUUGAGGGAGAAUGCUGUCCUGUGUGUCUUCCUAAGGACAGUGAGGAUGGCUGGUCACCCUGGUCAGAGUGGACUGAGUGCACAGUGACCUGCGGUACAGGCACCCAGCAGAGAGGCCGUUCAUGUGAUGCCACCAAUAACCCUUGUGUGGGACCUUCCAUCCAGACGAGAAGGUGCAGCCUGGGAAAAUGUGACAGCCGUUUCCGUCAGGAUGGUGGCUGGAGUCUGUGGUCCCCCUGGUCUUCUUGCUCAGUGACCUGCGGAGAGGGAAUGGUCACUCGUAUUCGCCACUGCAAUGCUCCAAUGCCACAGCUGGGGGGCAAGAACUGUGAGGGAAGUGGGAGAGAGACUCAGCGCUGUGAGGCAGAGCCCUGUCCCAUUGAUGGUGGCUGGGGUCCUUGGUCUCCCUGGGCAACCUGCUCGGCAACAUGUGGGAAGGGUCUGCGGGGGCGUACACGAGUCUGCAACAGCCCCCAGCCCCAGUAUGGUGGGAAGAAGUGCAUGGGAGAUCCCAACGGCAAUGAGAGCUGCAAUGACCAUGCCUGUCCUAUUGAUGGAUGCCUCUCUAACCCCUGUUUUGCGGGAGUGGAGUGUAACAGCUCUCCUGAUGGCUCCUGGGAGUGCGGGCCCUGUCCUGUGGGUUUCCGUGGCAAUGGAACUUUCUGUGAAGAUCUUAAUGAGUGUGACCUGGUGUCCGAUGUGUGCUUCAAGGUCAAUAAUGUUCAGCGCUGCAUCAACACUGAUCCUGGCUUUCACUGCUUGCCCUGUCCACCACGAUACAAGGGCACACAGCCCUUUGGAAUGGGCAUAGAGGCUGCCAAGAAGAACAAGCAGGUGUGUGAACCUGAGAAUCCCUGCAAGGACAAGACCCACAGCUGCCACAAGUAUGCGGAGUGCAUCUACCUGAGCCAUUUCAGUGACCCCAUGUACAAAUGUGAGUGUAAGAUUGGGUAUGCUGGAGAUGGCAUCAUUUGUGGAGAGGACUCAGACCUUGAUGGUUGGCCCAACCAGAAUCUGGUGUGUGGGGCAAAUGCUACCUAUCACUGCAAUAAGGAUAACUGCCCUAACCUGCCUAACUCUGGACAAGAAGACUUUGACAAGGAUGGUCAGGGAGAUGCCUGUGACAAGGAUGAUGACAAUGAUAGCAUUGUGGAUGAAAGGGACAACUGCCCUCUCUUAUACAACCCUCGGCAGUUUGAUUAUGACAAGGAUGAUGUGGGUGACCGCUGUGACAACUGCCCUUAUGAACAUAACCCAGCGCAGAUUGACACUGACAAUAAUGGAGAAGGAGAUGCUUGUGCUAUUGAUAUAGAUGGAGAUGAGAUUCUAAAUGAGCAUGACAACUGUCCAUAUGUGUACAACACUGACCAGAAGGACACAGACCUGGACAAAGUGGGUGACCAGUGUGACAAUUGCCCCCUAGUGCACAAUCCUGACCAGGCAGACACAGAUAAUGAUCUUGUCGGAGAUAAGUGUGACAACAACCAGGACAUAGAUGAGGAUGGCCAUCAGAACAACCUGGAUAACUGCCCCUACAUUGCCAAUGCCAACCAAGCUGACCAUGACAAAGACGGAAAAGGUGACGCCUGUGACCACGAUGAUGAUAACGAUGGUGUGCCAGAUGAUCGCGACAACUGCCGACUCGUGCCCAAUCGUGACCAGCUGGACUCUGACGGGGAUGGCCGAGGAGAUGCUUGCAAGGAUGAUUUUGACAACGACAAUAUUCCUGACAUAUUUGAUGUUUGUCCUGAAAACUUCGACAUCAGCGUGACAGAUUUCAGGAAGUUCCAGAUGGUUCACCUGGAUCCCAAAGGCACCACACAGAUUGAUCCAAACUGGGUGGUUCGGCAUCAAGGAAAAGAACUUGUACAAACAGCUAACUCUGACCCAGGCAUUGCAGUUGGUUAUGAUGAGUUCAAUGCUGUUGACUUCAGUGGCACCUUCUAUGUAAAUACGGACCGUGACGAUGACUAUGCAGGCUUCGUAUUUGGCUACCAGUCCAGCGGUCGCUUCUAUGUGGUGAUGUGGAAGCAAAUCACACAGACCUACUGGGAGGAGAAGCCAUCCAUGGCAUAUGGCAUCUCAGGUGUCUCUCUAAAAGUAGUAAACUCCACCACAGGUACUGGAGAGAACCUGCGCAAUGCUUUGUGGCACACAGGCAACACCCCAGGACAGGUUCGUACUUUGUGGCACGAUCCAAAGAACAUUGGGUGGAAGGAUUACACUGCUUACAGAUGGCACCUGAUCCACCGGCCUAAAACUGGUUUCAUCAGGGUUGUGGUGUAUGAAGGCAAGCAAAUUAUGGCUGAUUCAGGGCCUAUAUAUGACAAGACAUUUGCUGGAGGAAGAUUAGGGCUGUUUGUCUUCUCUCAAGAGCUUGUUUUCUUCUCCGAUCUCAAAUACGAGUGCAGAGAUAAUUGAGCUAUGGUUACUGUGGAAACGGUGAAGUACUGUACAGACAUCGUCACCAGCUCACCUCAGUCUGUCCCUGGUCAUCCUUUCCCCUACCUGCCUGGCCAAUGAGAUGGAGGGCCUGCCUCUCCAUAUUGCUCAGGGCCUAUUACUGCUCAGCUUUCCCUCCCAAUCACAGGGAGCCCUUAUCCACCCUGAGCUCCACCCCUGCCCUGAAGAGAGCAAGGACAUUUGUACCAUUUGUACGUGCCUUCAGUAAAUCAUAUAAUACACUGCAUAUACAAUACUAAGGUGUUUUUUCAAUUGCUUGCCAUAUAUAUGCCUAGAAGAUACCAAGUAUCUUCAUUGUUCAUGUUAAAGGGAUCAUUGAAGUUCUACAACCACUUUUUUAUGUAUGCAUUUCUUUAAUGGUAUAUUAUAAUUGUUUUGAUUUACUGAACAUUUGCCUUUACUGGCAGUUUCUACAUCAACUUGAUUUGCUACAGAUAUGAGCAUGUGUUCAGACCAGAUGUCAUGGUUUGCUGCAUCAGAUUUCACCCAGUUAUGUAGAUGCUUUAAAGAUGCACACAUCAUAAGAAGCUUUAAGUGCUCACUUGUAUCUGCCAAGCAGUAAAGAGGUGAUUUUUCCAAGUUUUUUUGUUUUGACUGUAUUGUAUUUCAUUACCAUAUCACAUUGUUCAAACUUUCUUGCACAUAUAGCCUAUUUUUACUGAUCUUAUUUCCUGCCAUCUUGAAUAUUGUUUAGUUAAUCCCUAUAUUUUAACAGGGAGGAUUUUCAUUUGCAAUAGAAGUGAACCUUUGUAAGUUUAAAAUGUCUGGGGGGAUGAAGAUGUUAAUAUUUAGACUGUAUUAUAAUUUCUUCUGUAAAUUAUUUAUGUUGUCUUGCCUUUUUCGUUUGUGAGGCGUAGUCAUUUUUUUUUGUUUUUGCCAAAGAUUGUAAAUAAUUAUUUAUUUGUUUACACUGACGACAUUUCACAAUUGAAGGACAUAAAACACUUUACUCCAAGUCCUUAAUAUCUCUACCAAGAUUAAAUACCUUUUCCAUUAGGCCUCUUUGAUUUAAGAACUCUUUGUAUACAAUGUAAUACAGUUUGGUAAUUUGGUAUUGUAAUAAGGUUUGGUUAAAAAGUCACAAGGCAUUCUGAAAGGUCUGAGAAACAUGAUCUCUGAAAAUGUAGAUCAAUUAUAAAAAGCUGCAAGGGAUUAUUUUCUCGCUGUUGAUGAGCCAGAACCAUUUUGGAGAAAAAAACUCUGAAAAUCUGGACCAUGAGAGAAGCCAGGGUAAUCUGUCAACUUAUAAGGCAUUUAAGAAGAAGAAGAAAUCACACACACGCUUAUUAUUUAUGUUGAAAGUAUCUCUUUGGGUUGUAUUUCAAUGAUUAGUUUUCCAGUUACUUAUGCUUGAUAUGUGGUAGGUAGGUUUCUGGGUGGAAUAGGGUGAAAAUAAUGAUGAACUGUCAUCAAGGCUAAGUUGAAAGGGUGGAGAGUGGUAUUUGAUCUCUUUAAAACUUUUUGCAAAGAUAGUAGGAAGCUGUUUUUAACUGAUAUAAUGAAACCACAAGCGACAAUGGGAAAAAGUCCCUUGCAAAUUCUGUUCUUCUUUACAUUCCUAAUGUUUUGGAGCAUCCAGAAACAGGAGGAUUUAAAUGAAUCAUGACAUUAGCAAUGUAUAGGUCAUAGUUUUUUUGUAUAGCAUUAUUGUUUUUUACAUGUUAAAUAAUCAGUAUAUUAUAUUUACUGUUGUGUGAUAAUCGUGAUGCACAAAUGUAAAUUUUUCAGGUAUCCACUUUUCUUAAGAUUUACAUUUUUUUUAAAAGCAAAUAAACAUUUGUAUUUGUUCACCAUUAAGAGAUUAUCUUGUUUGA